GAGCCGUGCACGCAGAACGCGUUUUUCGUUUCCGUCUUGUUACUGUGCUUUUCCUACACUCUGGAAGUAUUGCAGCGCAAAGACUUUAUCCAGGCAACGAUGGUUUUCCGGGAAUCCCGUCGUAGCGAGCAAUUGCUACUCAACAUUUUACCAGAAAAGAUUGUCGCGAAACUGAAGGAGUCUUACAGUAGCACAAGCGCUAGCUAUGAAGACGUAUCGAUUCUAUUCGCGCACGUGGCGCAUUUCGCGGAAUUCGCGAUGGAAGUGGAGCCGCAAGACCUCGUCGACUUUCUGAACAUGAUGUUUGGACAGUUUGACCGCAUCGUGGAAGACAAUCUUAAGGACUAAAAGCAGUGGGGGUCUAAUAAGUACAUAAUUAAUGGUUUUGCAUUUGAAGUGACCUCAUCAAGAGCAUUGAGGCACCAGUUUCUUGUUGUCCUCUUCAGAUUUCUGCGAACAGCAGAAGAAAAAAUCAUAUCAUCUAAAUAUAUUUAUAAGAAUGUUGUACUUCGGACAAUAAACAUGAUGAGUAGAGUGCGAGGUAAGUGUACUUGGCAAGAAGGAGGCAAAUCUGUAGGGGCUACAUGACCCUCUGUAGGGGCCCCUCGGGGAAACCUAUGGAGACACUUUCAACCCCCACGAGAUUCCCGACCCUCCCGCCCCUGCGAAGGGGGGCGGGGUAUCUCAUGGGCCUCCUCCAGGAUCUCCACUGGUCUCCCUGCAGCCACGCCGCGGCCCCAUUUGCAGGGGCGGAAGGGUCGGGAAUCUAGUGGGGGUCGAACAAAACCCUCAUAGGUUUCCCAGUAGGCCGGUAGACUAUAGCGAGCGACGUCGCCCUUAAGGGGAAAGUCUAGUUGUGGCGCUGAUCACUCCGCGAGAUUGUAAAUUUCAAAACUCAAGGUCAAUGUCAACAUAUUCUAAUAGUCAGGUCGAAAAAAUCAAGACAAUUGGUGACGGCUAUAUGGCAGCUUGUGGUCUUCCCGAUCCGAAUCCACUGCACGCGAAAGCUGUUGCGCGAGCAGCUAUUGGCAUGAUCAAACUAUCCACUCUGGGCUUCUUCCGACAUCCAGGGUCUAAGAAGAAAAUUAUAUCCGCAACGACGGGCGCCGGAGGCGGACCUGCUCCUGGAAAUAAUAUGACCAAGAACGCUGUUCUUGCUGGUGCGGGAGUCGCAUCGGCAGCCGGAGGAAGAGGAAGCGGCGGAGGUGGCGGCAUCUUGUUUCCUAGUCGAACAAACACGCAGACGACGCAGAAUACGCAAACAAAUGCGCAGCACCAACAUCACAGUGCUACUGCUUAUCAAGAACAACCUAGCAAACGCCAGUCCUCAGAAAUACCUUCUUCGGGAGAAACGGAAUGCGGUGGCUUCAGCGCUUUGACUUUGUCCUGUGGUAGCUCGUCCAGCACUUCGUCGUGCGGCACAUCGUCACGGACCCCUUCCACUUCUGCGGGAAAGGAGGGAAAUCAUAUCGCUCUGAGAAUCGGCAUCCAUUCUGGGCCCUGCGUCGCGGGUGUGAUUGGUGAAAAGAAGUUUGCGUUUGACGUCUGGGGCGACGCAGUGAAUGUCGCUUCGCGGAUGGAGAGCAGUGGCGAGGAUGGGAAAAUCCACUGUUCCCAAGCCAUGCGCGAUCUACUGUACGACGACUUCGAGUGCGUUCCACGGGGACGGAUGUAUGUGAAGGGCAAGGGCGAGAUGAAUACCUUUUUCGUG